AUGGCCACUCUGCAUCAACACCGGCAGCUUCUCAAGCACGGCACGGAAGUGAGCUGCGACCCGAGUGGGGCUGGUGCUGUUACUGUCAGAAUUAACAACAGUGCGCCACACGUGCAUGGCCAGGACUCAGUGACGGAUGCCAACAAAGGGGGGAAUGAGGCUGUGAGCAAAACCAACUCUAACUUUCAUAAAAACAGCAUUUCCUCCAGCUGCAGCUCUGCAGACUCCAGACAUGCAGUCACCUCAUCCUCCAGAGGGUACAGAGAGGCACCCCCUCUUUUUGAAAGAUCAGCUGCCCAGUGCUGGGACCCUAAGUUUGAUUCUCCCAUCUUGGAAGAGGCAUGCCAGGAGAGGUGCUUUCCCCAGACACAGCGGCGCUUUCGUUAUGUCCUCUUUUACUUGGCAGUGUCCUCUGUCCUGUGGGGCAUAUAUUUUGGGGUCAAUAAUGACAGAUGUAACCCAAUGGCCUUUCUCAUUCCAACUGCCUGUUUUCUGAUCCUUCUUGUGCUUCUGUUUGGGUUCACUUUCACUCAGCCUUAUACACGACUUUAUAACCAAACUUCUCUGCUUCUUAUUGCGGUCACAUUUGCAAUGACUCUCGCUCCUCAAACACAGACGUUUAUCCCACGGGAGCCUGCAGGUGGUGAGAAUGCAUCCAUCCUGUCAGGAAAACCUUUAGACACACCUUGUAUUUCUCCUGUUGGCACGUUCUCUCUCUGCAUGGAAGUUUUGCUGCUGCUCUACAGUGUCCUUCAUGUGCGUCUCUAUGCCUCUGUUCUUCUGGGGCUCCUCUUCUCUGUCCUCUUUGAAACUUUUGGGUGGUUACCUUACCUUCAGAGGGGAUAUGGUAACACUGACGAACACACUCUUCCGUGGUUGGGCCCGGGGAAAGCCUUGCUCCAUCUGUGUGCUCAUGUCAUUGGCAUCCAUCUCUUCAUAAUGUCGGAGGCUCGUUCUCGCAGCACCUUCCUCAAAGUAGGACAAGCCAUAAUGCACGGGAAGGACUUGGAAGUGGAGAAAGCGCUGAAGGAACGCAUGAUCCACUCCGUGAUGCCACGACGAGUGGCUGAUGAGCUGAUGAAACAGGGAGAUGAUGAAGGAGGGAGUGGAGAAAACUCAGGCAAGCGUUAUUCCUCUGGAGCCUGCUCUGCCAUAUCAGUCGGCGUAGCUGGGGGCGGUGGGGGAUUACAAUCACAAAAUGCCACAAACCCCAAAAACCAUAUCAAUCAUAAGAGAAAGAAGACCUCCAUACCACGAGGUCAAAUCAUAUUCAGACCUUUCAACAUGAAGCGGAUGGAGUCAGUCAGCAUCCUUUUUGCAGAUAUUGUUGGCUUCACUAAAAUGUCCGCUAACAAAUCUGCCCCAGCCUUAGUUGGUCUCCUCAAUGAUUUGUUUGGCCGUUUUGAUCGCCUCUGUGAGCUCACAGGCUGUGAGAAGAUCAGCACUUUGGGAGACUGCUACUACUGUGUGGCAGGAUGUCCUGAACCCAAGCCAGACCAUGCAUACUGCUGCGUGGAGAUGGGACUGGGGAUGAUCCAAGCCAUUGAACAGUUCUGCCAAGAGACAUGUGAGACAGUCAACAUGCGUGUGGGCGUGCAUACUGGAACUGUUCUGUGCGGGAUUCUGGGAAUGAAGCGUUUCAAGUUUGAUGUGUGGUCGAAUGAUGUCAAUCAAGCCAACUUGAUGGAGCAACUGGGUGUGGCUGGGAAAGUACACCUGUCCGAAGCCACUGCAAAGUUUUUGGAUGAUCGCUACAUCAGAGAGGAUGGACAGGUGGCAGAAAGAGCUGGCCAGAUUGCUGUUGAGAAACUGAAAGGUCUAAAGACAUAUUUGAUCUCGGGGAGGAAGUUGGAGUAUGAAGUGCAGUGUGGAUGUUCUCAAGUGGGAUUCUCUAGUAGGGACUAUUUGUUGACCUGUCCUCAUGCUCCCGACAUCAUUCCUGGGGCACAGGCUGCAGAUCCAUUAGCUCUUCAUCAACUAUCAGACAAGCCUGGACAUGUGUCCUGUGGUGCAGUUUUGUCCUCGGCAGCAGAUCAGUGCGAUGAGGUUGCAGUAUUAAACGGUGGCAAGGAAGACCACAAGACCUCCAGCUCAAAGUUCGUCUCAGGUCACAAUUCCAGAGCAGCCAAUGGUCUCCUAAGUCCUCCGCUGGAUGAAGCAGUGCGAGCAAGUCAAAGCUCUUUGUGCGACAUCCUGCAGGAGAAGGAGAAGAAGGCUAGCUCCAGCACUGGCACAGGCACUAGCCUGGGCAUGGCCACUGGGCCUGGGGCCACAGGCACAGGGAUGGACCACUCUGCACUUAUCCAGCUGCGGGCCAAAAACUUGAGAGAGAAGAGUGAUGUACACUUUGUGGAUGUUAUUAGAGAGGACAGCUUCAUGAAAGACUACUUUUUCAAACCUCCAAUCAACAAGAUCAGCCUCAAUUUUCUUGAGAGACCUUUAGAGGCCGCUUACCGCAGCAGCUACAAGGAAGAGGUGAAAAAUGAGAUCCAAGUGAAGACUUUUGCCAGCUCUACCUUCAGCUCAUUCCUGGAUGUCCUCUUGAGCUGCUUCUUCUUCCUGGCCCUGACCGUAGCCUGCUUCCUGCCGGCUCUCGUCACUUCAGCUCCUGCAGCUACUGCAGCCCUUGUCCUGACUCCGUUUGCUGGGCUGUUGGAACUCCUCUCUCUGGUGCUAUCUAUACGCAUGGGGUUUCAUCUGGAGGAGGUGAUGAGCUGCACUCGCUCUCUGCUCCUUGCUGUCUCUGGGUGGAUCCCACGUCACAUGGUGGGAGCUGUGCUGGUUUCACUUCCUGCAGUCUCUGUGCUGUCCCAUUUCACGCUCAAACUCCCAUUACAGGUGAUCAUCUUUUUGUGCUGUGCUACCAUCCUGGCCAUCAUCCAGUUCUGCAACUUCUGCCAGCUGAGUUUCUGGAUGCGUUCUGUUCUGGCCACUGUAACAGGCGUUGCCCUCCUGCUGCUCUUGUACAGCUCCCUGCGGAGACCUAAUUUGCCAAAACGUGAUGCUGGAUUGGCCUUCACCUCAGCAGCAGAUCAAGAUAUUUCCUUUAAUCCUAUGCUUUCUCUGGUCCAUGAGACAGUCCUGGCUUUCUUCAUACUUCUCCUUUUGGUUUGGUUCCUGAAUCGGGAGUUUGAGGUUAGCUACCGCCUACAUUACCAUGGAAACGUUGAAGCAGACAAACAUCGCUGCAAAAUCCAGACGAUGAGAGACCAGGCUGAGUGGCUAUUAGGAAACAUUAUCCCAAUUCAUGUCGCAGACCAGCUUAAGGUUACUCAGAGCUAUUCAAAGAAUCACGACAGUGUUGGAGUGAUAUUCGCAAGUAUUGUGAACUUCAGUGAAUUCUAUGAAGAGAGCUAUGAAGGUGGUAAAGAAUGCUACAGAGUUCUUAAUGAGCUUAUAGGAGAUUUUGAUGAGCUUCUUCGCAAAUCAGAGUUUAAAAGUGUUGAAAAAAUCAAGACUAUUGGUGCUACCUACAUGGCGGCAUCAGGCCUGAAUGUUCAACAGAUGGCUGAAAAUGAAGAUGACUCCCCUCACACUCAUCUACUGGCUCUCUUUAACUUUGCCAUUGAGAUGAUAAGGGUCCUUGAUGACUUCAACAAAAAUAUGUUGGGAUUCGGAUUUAAACUCCGCAUUGGAUACAACCACGGGCCACUGACUGCUGGGGUGAUUGGAACCACAAAACUUCUAUACGACAUCUGGGGAGACACUGUUAACAUUGCGAGUCGUAUGGACUCAACAGGUGUGGAGUGUCGUGUACAGGUGAGCGAGGAGAGCCACACUAUCCUCAGUUCAAUGGCGCUGGAGUUUGACUAUAGAGGCACUGUGAAUGUUAAAGUGAAAAUCCUGCACCACUCCAAGAUAAAUCCACAAAGUGGGGGGAUGAAGGAUACCGGGACACUUUACAGCCGCCUGAACGUUCAGGUCCAGAAUUGGAACGGUCAUCACGACAGAAUACAACACCGCUACAAGAAGAUGAAGAAGAGUCAGAGGUCAAUGAGCUAA